AUGACAAAUACAGUCCAGUUCUUCUUUAUUUAUUUCUUCAUUUCUUCAUUCUUUCUUUCUUUUUUCAUUCAUUUUUCUUCUUUUUUAAUUACUGAUACAAUUCCUUUACCAUUCAUUUUUAGUACAAUUCUUAUAUUUGUUCGUUUCUUUUUUCGCCAUUUAUUACUACAAAUAUUUUAUUUAUUUAUUUCUUACUAUCUUUCUUUCUUUUUUCUUUCUUUCUUUCUUUCUUUGUUAAUACGAAUCUUUUCUUUCUUUCCUUCUUUUUUCCUUCUUUCUUUCUUUCUUUCUUUCUUUCUCCUUCCUUUCUUUCUGGUCACUCCCAGUGACCCUCUGAUUCCAUGCAGGGUGAACCCCCUUCUUCCAGCCCUCCUGACUUGGUGUCAUAUCCCGCCCUGGCUCUCUCUGGCCAGCUCUGGAAACUUACUUGACCGUUAUUAUCUCAUUUUGUAUCUAUGUAUCUGUCUACCUCAAACUAUAAUCUAUCUAUCUAUCUAUCUAUCUAUCUAUCUAUCUAUCUAUCUAUCUAUCUAUCGCAACCUACUCAUUUCUAUCUAUCUAUCUAUCUAUCUAUCUAUCUAUCUAUCUAUCUAUCUAUCUAUCUAUCUAUCGCAACCUACUCAUUUCUAUCUAUCUAUCUAUCUAUCUAUCUAUCUAUCUAUCUAUCUAUCUAUCUAUCGCAACCUAUUCGUUUCUUUUUUCUAUCUAUCUAUCUAUCUAUCUAUCUAUCUAUCUAUCUAUCGCAACCUACUCAUAUCUAUCUAUCUAUCUAUCAAUCUAUCUCAAUCUAUCUAUCUAUUCUAUUUCUAUCGCAACCUUCAUUUUAUCUAUCUAUCUAUCUAUCUAUCUAUCUAUCUAUCUAUCUAUCUAUCUAUAUCUAUUUCUAUCUAUAUUCGUUUCUUUUUUUCUAUCUAUCUAUCUAUCCUCAAAUCUAUCUAA